GUCCGCAUUCUGGAGACCCCACGUCGGAUCAGACAGUCCCAAACAGAGCAAGUGUGAGGGUCAGGGCCAUGGAGCUCCCUGCAGGUUCCCAAGACAUCUUCGAAAGGAGAGACUCCCAGACUAUGGUGCAAUCCACCUUCGCCUCGCCCACCCUUCCUGCCAGCACCAUCAUUGUCACUGGAAUUUCCAUCCUGCUGCUCACUUCCUGUUUCACUGCCAGCUGUCUCGUGACCCAGAAUGGUUUCGCCCAGCUCUGUAAGGACUCCAACGGUCUAGCCCCUCUGAACCACACCCAGUUGUCCUGCCUCAGAGAGCGUCCCCAGGUGGAAGGGCGAAUGUGGAGCUGUUGUCCCCAGGACUGGAUACCUUUCCAAACCAGCUGCUACCUCUUCCCCACUGAUGUCCUGCCCUGGGAUGAGGCCCAGAGCAAAUGUUUGAAGCAACAAGCCCACCUUGUCGUCAUCAACACGGAAGCAGAAAAGAAUUUCAUUACCCAAGGGAAACCUUUCAACUUCAGCAUCCACCUGGGCCUGAAGAAAUGGAAGAUGGAGAGCCAGUGGAGGUGGGAGGAUAAGACACCGUACAACCCAGCUGACACGUUUGGGCUGGAGGGCGACCUUGCGGAGGGCGACGGUGCCAGGCGCUGCGCUGGCCUCACCCUCGGCCAGCCGUCCAUCAGAUGGCGUUGGAGCAGCACGGACUGUGCCGCCGCGGCCCAUCGGAUCUGCGAGAUGCCCCGAAGAAGCUUCUGA